AUGUCCGCGACGUCUUCAUACCCUUCAUUUUCGUUUGUGAUUCACCAGGCCCAUCCUACGGUGGCCUUCUUCACCAUCAAUCGGAAUCAUCUUGAUUUGCAUGAGCUUCCCUCCGCCCUCGCAGUCCCGGCUGCUCUCCAGAUGCCUCUAUCUGCGGCAAGCACGCCCCAGCAGGCUCAGUCCGUCCAGGGUGUGCAGCAGCAGCAGCCUCAGCAGUCCACCAACACUCUGGCUUCGCGUUCCUCCCGAGUCAAACAAGGCGCGAAGCGCGUCGUCCUCUUCGUCCGCAACCGCCUCGUCUAGUUCUGAUCGAGGGCCUGACCCUCCAGCGCUGAGCUACUCCCAGUCCCGUGCUCGUUUCAUUUCUCGAUCCAGUCCAAUUCUGCUCUCCUUGUUGUGCAUGCUUUCCAAACAAUCCUAGCUAUCCCAUCCGUCGUAUAAAAUCUUUACCCGAACACACCUGUGAUUAAAUACUGUACAUAGCUUCCUCGAUCGGCACCCUGUGCUGGUACU